AGUUCAAUGAAAAGAGGACUAAAAUUAAAAGAAUUAUACUGUCCCAUGCAUUCAUCUAUUCCUUUAUGGGCUCCAGAUCUACGAUUUGAAGAUGUCACCUCUGAUCUGUUGAUUUCUGCUGAUCUUGUUCAUCUGUUUAAAUUUCUUGGACGUGGAGCUUUUGGUUCUGUAUUCACCGGUUCCGCAGGGAAUAUUGAUCAUCAUAUUCGUCAAAGGAAUUUAUAUUCAAUUACACGAAAACAGAAGCCACGGAUUUUAGAUGAUGACCAUUCGAUGAAAGUCGAUGAAAUUAACAAUGAAGAUGGUAAUUAUCAAACUCAUAAAAUAGCUGUAAAAAUUUGUUCACCUGUCCACCCGAACUUGGAUAACUCAAGCGUAAAUAAUUCUUCUUCCUUUGCUGUUCCUAACGAUAUAACAAAACUUUCAGAAGGCUCUACUAGUUCAAAUCUUCGUGAUGCAUUUGCUUUAUAUCGUCAAGAUCAACGUAGAUGGCUACAACAUCCCGUUGAAACGUGUUUAAUUGCAUAUCAGGAAAUUCGAGCUGAAUUAAAUAUCCUCUUACCAAUCACAAUGAAUUGUAUGAAAGUUUAUCAAAUGAAAUUUAGCAAGCAUCAUCCUCCUUUUCACAUCCAUUCAUAUCAGAAACAUUCUACUCCAACAGCAUCCAAUCGUAGCUAUAAGAAUAUGAGUAAAUUGUAUAAUGGUAUACAAGAGAGACGAUUGACUUAUGGUUGUUUUAGUAAAUGCCUUCAAAAGAAAACUGAUAAUAAUAGUGACAAUAAUAAGCUGAUUUCAAAUAUGCAUCUAUCACAACAGAAGAAUAAUUUACUUGUAUGCUGUGGAAUCAUUUAUCCUAAUCCGAUUGGAUUUUUAAUGCCAUUAGCACCAUUGGGAAAUUUAUCUGAUUAUUUCACUUCAUUACUAUCAUCCUAUCAAGAUCUACUGAAAUCAUCAGUUUCCUCUUCCUCGAUGAUGACGAUGCCAACAACAACAUCACUAGAGCAUAAUGAGCUAUUUCUUGACCAUCCAUUACAUCCACUAACAAUGAUGUGUGUAACUAAUCAAUUGGCCAAAGCACUAGCCUAUCUCCACCACUUAUCGAUUAUUCAUCGGGAUGUGAAAUCGGAGAAUGUUUUAAUCUGGUCCAUGCCGCCAUCGAUGAUGCUGAUGUCGUUAUCCACAUUACCGAAUAACUACAAUCCGUCUCAAGUACACAUUGUAUUAACAGACUACGGUGCAAGUCGUUUUAUGAGUUCACCUGAUGAUGGAUGCAGGGGAUAUGUUGGUACAACUGGUUAUAUGGCGCCUGAGAUUUUAGAAUACUUAGGUGAACAGACGUACAAUACAAAGGUUGAUAUCUAUGCAAUGGGAAUAUUAAUUUGUGAGAUGAUUCAAUUAGAACAACCAUACAAAAAGUCGUCUUCGAUAUUGUUUCGUUUGGCUCAAGAAGUGAUUUCAGGUGUACGUCCUGAAAUUCCAUCACAUUUUUUAAAACGUUGUCCGCGUACACUGAUUAACUUAAUGACCUACUGUUGGGAAUCUGAUUCAAAUAAACGACCAACAGCUCAACAAAUUGUUCAACUAACUAAUCCAUGGUGGCCUUCUUCAAAUGAAGUAGUGAAUACUAGUAACAGUAAUAAUAAUGAUAUUAAUUCACUAAAAAUCGAUCAUAUUUCCUUUUUAUCCUCCAAAAGAAAUGAUAGAAUUCACCUUUCAUCUAAUAUAAAGAGAUCUAUGAAUGUAUUUAGUAAUUCAACUAGACAAAAAUCUUCUUUUAACACUCUUUCAAAUAUUGUACUGAAUGGUUUCAGUCAUAUCCAGUUAGUGUAUUGUAUUGAUGCCUUGAAGAUUGUAACCUGUGCCUUAGUAGAUGAUUGUUAUAAUCUUUGGCUUGGAGGUUACAAUUACUAUGCUGAAUCAUCGUUGGAUGAUGAGCAAUACAUCCGAAUAGGCUUAUUGUUCCUAAUCCCACUCACUACUGAUAUUUCAUCAGAAUCGUCAAUUGUAUUAGCCUCAUGGCCUAGACUUUAUGUAUUAAAACAAUAUUCUCAAGGAAUCGUUGGACAUGAUACAUGUCGUAAAUUAUCUGAUUGGCCAAUCCGCUUAUGUUGGCUAAGUGACGGCGAUAGUAAGUUGAAGUAUGUGAGGAAAGAUUCAGCCAAUAACAAAACACCAAGGACAAUGGUGACUUGUUUAACUAUCUUAGGUGAACUAAGGGUUUAUGGAUUUAAUUACAAAACUAUGGAGUAUAUUUGUCUUUUAAAAAUACAACUAUCACAAUAUUCCAAACUGAGUACACAUUCAAUAGACAAUGAAGAGUGUGAAAAUCUUUUUCAUGGAGUUAAAUGUAUGCUGGCUUAUAUGAAAUAUAAUUAUCACCAGAAUCAGUUUCAUUCUCAACACCAUCGUCGACCAUCGUCACCGUCUACUGGAUGUAUUCAUUAUAUUUUAUGCUUAGCAUCGCCACAAAUUUGCAUUGUCACUGUCCAUAUUUUAUCUUCCUUAAUGGUGAAAUUUGAAAAAACAACUUUUGUCAAUCUAGAUCAACCCAUUCACUCAGGUGUUAUUCUCCCAGAAAUCUGGUGUUGUAAUCAGUUAUUAUUUCAUCAUUCGGUACGUAAAAUGUCAAAACAAAUCGAUUGUUAUAUGAUACCAAUUGACACCACCAAAAUACUCAUUCAUGAAUAACCUGACAGAAUAUUUGACACCAUAGCAAUUGACAUUAGUCCUAAUUAAAUAAAACAAACAGAUAAAUCAACGUAGAACCGCACACGCAGGUGCAUCAGUUCAAGUUGCCACAUAUCAAGAUAGAUAAAGUUUUGCGUGAGAGAAUAAGCAAUUGGAAGAUGAAGGUUAGUGCAUAUAUAUUCAAGAUGUAGAAGAUGUCAAGGAGUGAAUACAUCUGCACCAUUGUGACCUAUCUUCAGCCAUGUCACUAGGAAUCCUCAAUCACUGGUUUCCAAUAUUUCGAGGACUGUUGUCAGGUAGUCUACAUCUCCCACACUCAGGGAUCUCAUCGACUUGUUCCACAUCUCUGUCCGACCAUCCUGAACCUUCUUAUAUGUGAAAACCUUAAUGUCAUGCAUCAACAACUUUUUCAACGACCAAAUUUUACUACUUAUAGUCCCCGUGUUCAGCACCUAUAUCUUUAAACCACUAAAUUCAGCUACAAUAACUAGGAUUUUCGACAGCAACCAAUGAGUGAGUUAUUGAACCUUCUUCAUCAAUUUCAUACAUUAUUCUGCCAUAAUAUGGUAUUUUAGAAUCGUCCUUAGAAGGCCAACUAUUCAACAUUCAGUAGCUGUCAAUGUAUAUUUAGUGAUAUUGAAAUCUACCGUCAAGUAGCAUACAUACGUAUGCGUUUCAUUCUCGUCAUUUUUUUUCCAUACUUAGUGAUUCUGAUGUUUGGUUCAGUCAAAAUGGUGGUAAAUUACUGUGUUAUACGUGGAACAAUGCAUUACAUGAAAUAUGCUCAUCAUCAUUGUCGAAUUGUUUCAAACUACGUUUAUCUUGGUUUGUACCAUUAUCAUCAUCAUCAUCAUCAUCAUCUGAGUCAAAAUCAUCGUCUUCUUCUCUGGUGACUCAUUUUCUACUUGACACUUCAAUGUCGGCUAAUCAAGAUGAUUCGUCAGAAGACAAUGUACAUAUUUACGUUUGGACCUAUUUAAAACCACAUGGUAAACUCGAUUGUUGGUCAGCUGUUUCACAGAAUUUAUUACAAAGUAUCAGUUUAACGUGUCAUUUGGAUAAACCAUUUUCACAAAACUUUUCAACGUCAGAGAUGUUUGGUUCAAUUCGUGCAAUGGAAUGGCUUACUUUAUCAUCAGAUAUUCUAUUGAUUACAACACAUGGUUACUUAAUACAUAUCAAUGUAACACAUAUCAACACUGACAAUAAGUCGUCAUCGAUGAAAGCAACCGAAACGAUGCUGACAGCAACCAGUGAGAAUUCAUCAAAUCGUUUAUUUCAUUCUUCCGCAUCAUCAUCAUUUCCAUCGGUAUUGUUUAACAUUCAUGUGUUUCAUUAUCAUGGUGUUAUGUCAGAUGAAGAUUUUGUUUUAAUUGCUCCACUCAUACCGACAACAUCAUCGACUUCGUACUCCCUGAGUCGUAUUUUAACUAUAGGCAAAGGUUAUUUAGAUCCUUUAGCGUGUAUAAAUCCCUCUUCUUCUUCUGCCUUGUAUACAAAUACUGUGCAAAUGUGUUAUGACGGUAACAGUAAUAAUAAAGCCCUCAGUAACCAGAUGAACACAGCAAAAUGUUUUAGCCAAGAGAAUUAUUAUUUAGUUAAAUUAUUUUGCGACAAAUUUUUAUUCUCAUGAUAUAUUUUUAAUACUUCAAGAUAUAUAAACAUAUUGGCAUGUAAAUAACUUUUGUUUUUUCAUGUACACAUAUUUUUUUGCCUUUAUUCGCUCACUGCGUCUCCUUUCUCUUCAUCUAGCAUGUUCGAUGUCAUCAUUGAGCACUUCUCUUUCAGUUGGUCAUUGAUACUAAUCUACUACAGCGUUUUUUUGUAACGUCCAACUGACUCUCUUUUUUUUAUACCCAAGUCUCUGAGAUGAUGGAUUUUCAUUUUCUUUUUACCACCUACAUAAUCCUUUUGUAACAAUAGUGUCUUGACUUUCUAGUCGCUUAUUUUAUCAUUUUAUUUUGUUCUUUUCCUCUAAAAAUCUGUGAUGCAUAAAUUAUUUAAAUAUGCAAUAAUAUACACUUUUCAUUUUGUUGUAACGUGAUAAUUAAGCUGAUAUGUUUUGAUAUUAAAUGUUUGGAGUGAUAACAGCAAAAUACAUAACUUUAACACUGUC